AUGUCUGGAAGAGGUAAAGGAGGAAAGGGUUUAGGAAAGGGCGGUGCAAAGCGUCACCGUAAGGUUCUGAGGGACAAUAUUCAAGGAAUUACAAAGCCUGCUAUUCGCCGUCUUGCAAGACGCGGUGGUGUGAAGCGUAUCAGUGGCUUAAUCUAUGAAGAAACUCGCGGUGUUUUGAAGAUCUUUCUUGAGAACGUUAUUCGGGAUGCGGUUACCUACACUGAGCAUGCUCGCCGUAAAACUGUUACUGCGAUGGAUGUUGUUUAUGCUCUCAAGAGACAGGGGAGGACACUUUACGGAUUUGGGGGUUAG